GCUUUUGUCAAAAAUUAAAAUAAAUAAAACUAGCACGUGCAAGGUGUGACACACGUGUCCGCCCUCCACUCCAAACUCCAACUAACUAACUACUGUGUAACUGUAAUAAUCUUCUUGUUCUUGUUCUUAUUCUUGUUCAGCUUAAAACUCAAAACCCUCCUCUGCUCUGAGUCUCUGAUCAUAAUCGUUUCUUUCCAAAGAAACACCAACAAUCCAAGUAACCAAUCCAUUCUUUCUUUUCUUUUAUGCCUUACAAAUUGUUUUCUUCAAUCCAUUUCAUAUUUUUCAAAUUUUAACAUCACUAUCAUUACAUUAAUGGAUUAUUGGGGUUUGUUUUUCUUUGCUGUUACAGUCCUCAUUUAGUCCACAGUUUAAGAACUUCCAUGGCUGAAAAUGGCAACAGUCUCCGUCUGGCGGAGAAGAUACAGAAAAUGACAUUAUCAUCAUCAUCAUCAUCAUCAUCUGAUGAGGAGGAUCAUGAGGACAGAAUAUCUAAAUUACCUGAUGAUCUCAUUGUACACAUUCUCUCGUUUCUUCCAACUGUGGACGCCGUUUCAACAAGCUUUCUUUCAAAUCGUUGGAAACUCAUUUGGUAUUCAGUCCCCAACCUCUCUUUCUCCAUUACUACUGUUAAUUACAAAUCUUCAGAAGACCAGCGAAAAUUCUGCAAUUAUAUAGACAGUUGUUUGAAACAACGCAAGAGAGGUAUGAAUUUUAUCGGCGAUUCACUCUUAACUAGUUUUAAGCUUCAAAUGGAUUGCUAUGAAAGAAGCAAGGAUGAUCACCUAGAUGAAUGGUUAGAUUUCGCGGUUGAGAAUAAAGUGAAGGAAUUAAACCUUUGCUUGAGCCAAGAAGAAGUGGAAGAUGAAAUUUACCUCUACUGCAUACCUAUGAUAGAGACAAUACAUUUGACUAUUUUGGAGUUGAGUAUGGUGUUGUUGGAUUCUGGUUAUUCAUAUAGUUUUCCAUCAUUAAAAUCCUUGUCAUUGACUAAUGUUGACUUUAUAGAUACAUCUGUGGUAGAUAAGCUCUUGUUGGGUUCCCCUUUCCUUGAAAAAUUGUGGUUAAUUGAUUGUGAUAUUUAUAUUCAUGGGGAUCAUCCAUAUAAGCUUGACAUUCGUAGUUCAAGCCUAAAAUUCUUGGUAAUAAGACUCGAAAAGUUUCAUGUUUUGGAGGUUAAGCAAAUUGAAACCAUAAAUCUUGAGUCAUUGGAACUAGUUGGUGUUCCCAUUGACAAAUUAAAUCUCUCUGUAUGCAAGGCAAUUACAAAUCUCUCAAUAACUUGUGAUUGGAAUAUUGAAGAGUCUUCAUCCUUAGAAUAUCUCAUUUCAAGUCUUCCUCUCCUUGAGAAUUUUACUUUGGGCAACUGCGAAAAGAACAACUUGGGGCACAUUAAAAUCUUGAGUCAACACAUGAAAAGUUUCAAUGUGAAUAAUCAUAAUGAUGUAAUGAAUGUUAUGAAUAAGUCGCCUCCACAAUUAGCAUUAUUUUCUUAUACAGGUGAUCUCCAAUUUAGUAUAACAAUGGAGUCCUCCAAUUCUUUGAAUGGAACAUUCAAAAUUGCGACUUCUGAGGACUACAAUGGAGAUUGGUUUAUAUACAUGAUGAAUUUUCUUACGAAUCUCAAUUGUUCUUGGAAUAUGGUAACACUACACGUUGACAAAGCCAAGGCUCUCAUCUUUCCAAAACACAUGAAGGGGUUAUUAGAAGACUGGAAUUGUAUUCCUAUGGUUAAUUGGGAGCAUCUUAGAGUAAUUACUGAAUGUAAUGAAGAGGAAGAAUCAGAAUUGAGAGAUACUUUGAUGUGGAUUUUUCCUUCUUUGAAGAAAUUAUCUAUAGAAAAAAGGACAUCUUAUUAAAACUUUGCCAUAAGCGACUUAUAAGUAUGUUUCAACUUCUUAAACAGUCAUUACGGGUUUGUUUACUUUGUUAAUUGCUACCUUAGUUCUCUUGAGAUUGUAUUUAUUUUAUGGUUGGUUUAAGAAUAUGACUUUGCAUGCCUACUCUGCUUAAGAAUGGGGCUUUGUUUUUCUUAUAUUUGGUUGGGAAUGAGUAGAUAUGAUAUGCUAUUAUA